AUGCUCAACCAACACAGUCUCGAGAACCCCUCCGUCAACGCUGGCGUCAACGUGGCCCGGAAGCUCCUCGUCUUCGAGGUCGUCUCCUUCAGCUUCUUCCUUUUCUCCGCCCUCAUGGCACAGGACCUCAAUCUCGCCAUCAACUUGCUCAAUAGCAAGGACGUGGACGAGGUCUUCUGGGCCAACAUCAACCUCCGUGUGUUGAGGCACGGGAUGCUGUCCUCCCCCGUGGGUUCUGUCUUGCGCUGCUUGUUCCUCAUGUUAUCCAUGGUGAAUGGGAUCGAGUUCAGGCUCGGGAUGUUGUCAUGUGGCAGUCGGUCCACGGCUCACGCAGUCACGGCCCUAUUCUUCUGGUGA